UAGACGAUCUUGUCCCAAAAUUUCAGGCUUUGGAGAGCGAGGCUGUGCUCGCCCGGUUUCAGGCCGUGUACGAGAUGAUGAACCAUGCAUUGGAUGGGAUGCCCUACUCUGAGAUCGGCAUCUCUGAUGAAGUCAAGGAGCAGAUAGAACUCAUAAAUGCACAAUUAAAGAGAUGCAAGAAGAGAUCAGAUACUCAGGACAUGGAGCUCUCCAUGGAUUUUAUGAUGAUUAUCCAGAACAAGGAGGAUGGAAAGGCAGAUAGAGCUAUAUUGGAAAGGCUAGCCAAGAAACUCGAGCUGCAAAGCCUGGCGGAUUUGAGAGCAGAGACGAUGGCCAUUAAAAAGCUCAUUAACGAGAGGAAUGGACAGCAACAGGAGAGCACCAAACACAUAAUAGAACUCCUCCACAAGUUCAAGGAGAUUGCAGGCAUCGACGAAAAGAACAUCCUCGGGGACGUUUCAAUACCAAAAUAUCUGGAGAAGUGCCCAUCUCUGAUGAUCCCAAAUGAUUUCCUUUGUCCAAUAUCACUGGAGAUCAUGACUGACCCUGUCAUCAUCGCGAGUGGGCGGACUUACGAGAGAAGAAGUAUCCAGAAGUGGUUAGAUGCUGGCCAGCGGACCUGCCCAAAGACUCAGCAACCAUUAGCUCAUCUGUCACUGGCACCAAACUUUGCGCUAAAAAACUUGAUUCUGCAGUGGUGUGAAAAGAAUAAACUUGAGAUUCAAAUGGGGGAAUCUGAGCCUGCAUCUGAACAAGAAGAGCGCAAGGAAGACAUUCCAUCCCUGGUGAAAGAUCUGUCGUCGGUUCAUCUUGAUGUGCAGCGAAAGGCUGCCAAGAAGAUUAGGACACUAUCUAAAGAAAACCCAGAGAAUAGAGCACUAAUCCUUGAAAAUGGUGGGCUCCCAGCUAUUAUUAGUUUGGUGUCAUAUCCCGAUAAGAAGAUCCAGGAGAACACUGUGACUGCAUUGUUGAACUUGUCAAUCGAUGAGACCAACAAAGUUCUGAUAGCUAAAGGAGGAGCAAUACCUUUGAUAAUUGAAGUCCUUAAAAAUGGUAGUGUUGAAGGUCAGGAGAACUCAGCAGCAGCCUUGUUCAGUUUGUCUAUGAUAGAUGAGAACAAGGCGGCUAUAGGGAUUUUGGGCGGUAUAGCUCCUUUAGUAGGCCUAUUAAGGGAUGGUACAAUAAGAGGCAAGAAAGAUGCUGCUACAGCAAUCUUUAAUCUGAUACUGAACCAUCCCAAUAAAUUCAGAGCUAUGGAAGCAGGAAUCGUGCCUGCUUUGCUGAAAAUACUCGGCGACAAGAAACUCGACAUGGUUGAUGAAGCACUAUCCAUUUUUCUCCUCCUGGCAUCGCAUCCUAAUUGUCGUAAUGAAGUGGGGACGACAUCUUUUGUUGAGAUACUUGUUCAGAUCAUAAAGGAAGGGACUCCUAAGAACAAGGAGUGUGCGCUUUCUGUUCUACUCGAGCUAGGUCUGAAUAACAACUCCCUUAUGGUGCACGCACUUGGAUUCGGUUUGCAUGAGCAUCUAUCUGAUAUCGCAAAGACAGGCACGAGUAGAGCGCAGAGGAAAGCAAACUCUUUAAUUCAGCUUUCAUGCAAGUGCUCAUAAAGGGUAAGUGAAAAGGAAGCAUUAUGAUGAGUUCUGCACAGACAUGUGUGUAAAUUAGGUAAAUUGAGUUACUCAUAAAAAAGGAUGUCAAAAGAAAAGAGCAUCGGUACAAUGAUAUCUGUCAGAUAAGAUCUGUCACUUUGAAUCUAGACAGGUUAGUUCAUCCACCACAGAACUGAUAGAAAC